UGUAUGUCAUUUUAUGAUCAUCUCUCAUCUCAUUUUAGCCGUUCAUUAAUUCCUCCGAUUUUUCUAUUUCUUUAUCAUCGUUUUGUUAAGUUCAAUUUCUUAAUGAUCGUGUUGUUAAAUUCCGUGCUGAUAAUUAACUUAACUUCUAAAUAACAUUAUCUAAUCACCCCGUUAGAUGAAAGAUCGUGCAAUGUACCAUUAGCCUCAGUUUGGUGACUAAUAGAAUCAGGAAGAGAAAAGUCCGAGUUCGUAUAAUGACUGUGAGCUGUUAGUAUUGUAAUAAACGUAUAAGUAAUGUCUGACGGUGAUCCAUCUCUCGAAGAAGACGUACCAAAGCCUCUACUGGAAAGACCUGAAGAGAAUGUGUUUACGCCAAAGAUAUCGACACCAAUUUUCGCUGGCGGUGUAAAGUUACAGCAUAAGAGAUCAGACGCUACAGAAACUGAAUCCUUCCUGUCUGACGCACAAAGAAAUGAACUCGCGUUCCAAGAGCUAUUCGAAGAUGGAGCUGGAGACUUUCACUCAACGGAGAAGGAGACGCAGGAGAAGAUGGCCGACCUUCAGGCCAUGUCCGUCCUCAGUACGUACCAGGACAAUCUGUCGCAGGAUAUGAACACUGAUCGAGACAACGGUAGCGAAGCUUCGACCCGAGCCGCGGAAGAGUGCGGUUGCGGCGAGCCCGCACAACCUCACCUCGACCCCUCCAACAAUAAUGGCAAACCCGUGGCCAAUCAUUGCUCGAUAGUGAUGGGUGGUAUAUUAAACAACCCGUCUCUAAGCUUCAACGAUGGCGUGCGUACGGUGGACUUCGUGCUGGUGUGGGAGGCGGGCAAGGAGGACGCUACUACACCCGAAGCCUUCGAGCAGAGAAAGAUAUUUGAGGAGAAUCUAGAGAAAGAGGGCCUGCAGUUGGAGAGGGAGGCACCGGAAAACUUGCAUGGAUUGCACUUUGUUAAGAUACAUGCUCCUCUAACAGUUUUAAAGGACUAUAGUGAAAUAUUAAAACUUCGGAUGCCAAUGAAGGACUGCAGUAAAAUAAGAAAAAGUGGGAGGACGAAUGCAAUACUGAAUGCCGCCAUGUAUAUGUCGAAGUUUUCAGCAUUACGAGACGUGCAUGAGAAGACGAACACUCUGUUAGAUCGUAUCCAGGCUUGCUGGGACCGCUUCAUGUCGAAGAUUAGAGUCGACCACAAGAUGUUCCCAGAAAGAAAGCAUCGGCUCACAGCUAUAUACUCAAAAGAUAAAGAGUACUUAUUUGAUACAGCGUCGGAUUGUUUCUGGACUCCGUCGAUACGAUCUCGCAUCGUACAGUUCAUACUGGAUCGCAAACGAUUCUCUGAGCGACAGAAUGAUGAUUUUGCUUUCGGUAUCGCUCGUCUCAUAUCCUACAAUACUUAUAGUGCAGCAUAUCCUUUACACGAUGGUGAUUUGAAAACUCCCGGUUCGAUGCGACAUUUGCUAUACACGGAGUGGGCGAGUGUAUCGAAAUGUAUCAAAUACCAACCAUUAGACUACGUCAAGGAUUACUUUGGAGUUAAAAUUGGACUGUACUUCGCUUGGUUGGGUUUUUAUACGCAUAUGUUGAUUCCCGCGUCUAUAGUUGGCCUUAUAUGCGUCAUAUAUUCAGCUGCUACGGUAUAUUCCAACAAACCAAGUGAAGAUAUAUGUAAUUACGCGUCAAAUAUUAAAAUGUGUCCGCUAUGUGAUUACUUCUGCGAGUACUGGGAUUUACGGGACACGUGUUUGCAGUCAAGAAUUACCUACCUCUUUGAUAAUUCCACUACUGUCUUCUUUGCCAUCUUUAUGAGCUUCUGGGCGGCAUGUUUCCUAGAGAUGUGGAAGCGUUACUCAGCUGAGAUGACUCACAGAUGGGACCUGACUGGUUUCGAUGUUUACGAGGAACAUCCCCGGCCGCAGUACCUGGCUCGUUUAGCUCACGUCAAGAGGACACAGUUGAACGUGGUAACGGGAGUACGUGAGCCGACUGUACCCUACUGGCGCAUGCGUCUCCCCGCCACGUUGAUGUCGUUCAGCGUGGUGGCGCUGCUGGUGCUGCUGGCGCUGGCCACGGUGCUGGGCGUGGUGCUGUACCGCAUGUCGCUGCUCGGAGCCAGCAUACUGCGACGGAAUGAUAAGGACCUCAUCACGUCAAACCCGAUCAUGUUCACCACAGCUACCGCAGCUUGUAUCAAUCUUGUGUUCAUCUGUAUAUUUAAUUAUGUGUACCAGUACUUAGCGGAAUGGUUGACGGAAAAAGAGCUCCUGCGAACACAAACAGAGUUCGACGACUCGCUGACUCUCAAGAUAUAUCUUCUACAGUUCGUUAACUAUUACGCUUCUAUAUUCUACAUCGCUUUCUUCAAGGGCAAGUUUAUUGGCCGGCCUGGGGACUAUGUGAGGCUGUUUGGACAUAGACAAGAAGAGUGUGCUCCGGGAGGCUGUCUUCUAGAAUUAUCUAUCCAGCUGGCAAUCAUCAUGGUAGGGAAGCAGUUCAUCAACACCGUGGUAGAGAUGUUGAUGCCCUACUUGCUCAAGUGGUGGAACAUCAUACGCACCAUCGGAAGGAAAAACAAAAUAAAAAGUCCAAUACAAUGGGUGAAGGAUUUCAAGCUAGUCGACUUUGGAAAUAUGGGUCUCUUCCCUGAGUAUCUUGAAAUGGUAUUACAGUACGGUUUCGUGACGAUAUUCGUGGCUGCGUUUCCGCUGGCGCCGCUGUUCGCUCUCAUUAACAACGUGCUGGAGAUGCGACUGGACGCUAAGAAGUUCCUGACGUGCUACCGGCGGCCCGUGCCGCAGCGCGUCACCGACAUCGGCGUCUGGUACCGCAUCCUCGACUCUAUCGGCAAACUCAGCGUCAUCACCAACGGUUUUAUAAUAGCGUUCACGUCGGAGUUCAUCCCGCGGCUGGUGUACCAGUACUCGACGGGCUCCCUGAACCAGUACGUCAACCACACGCUGGCGGACUUCAACGUGACCGUGCUGGAGCACCCGCCGCACGAGUCCAAGUACAACCAGUCUAUGUGCAGCUAUCCUGGUUACUGGUAUUACAAAGAAGGUGACGACUACGAGCACUCUAACUGGUACUGGCAUAUUAUUGGUGCGCGACUGGCGUUUGUUGUUGUGUUUGAGAACGUGGUGGCGCUAGUGAUGAUAAUAGUGAAGUGGGCGAUCCCGGAUAUGUCGGGCGAGCUGCGCGACCGCAUCCGGCGCGAAGCCUACGUCAUCAACAGCUUCAUACUGGACGAGACGCGCGCGCGCACUCUAGCCGAGCGCACGCAUUCGCGCGCCGACUCGCGCGCCGAGCGCACGCACUCGCGCACGGACGCGCGCGCGCAAGGUGACAGAAGCGAUUCUGAUUGGAAUCACAUAGCAUCGCUGUCGGGUUCAGACUUCGAUCUGGCCGCGCACGGUGACCAUCAGAAUAUCGCGGAUAUUGCCAAGCAUGUGGUCACAAACACGCCGAAACAGGAGAAGCCCGGACCGGCUCAUGUGUAGUCACCAUCAAGGCGGAUCUAGAUGUGUGGUCACCAUAUUUUUUGACAACGACAACGUAUGCAACAGAUGUUAAGGUCUUAAUAUGCUGGUUGACCACACAAUGAGACUUGGUCCAUUUUAUUGUCACCAUCAUGUAAGAUGUUCUGUACUUUUUGGUUAGUUGUGCGAUACUGUAUGAUACGUAACCUUUGCAGACAAUCAAUUAAGUAGUAUUAUUUAA